CUUAAUGAUUAGGAGGUAUUGAGGUACUCAUUACUGGCAUGUCUGGGUGCUUAUUAGCAUAUAUCUCGAAGAUUCUCACUGGCAGAAGCGGAAAGUAGGUCUAGAAAGGCAAACAGAGUAAAGUACAAAUCACGAACCAAUUCGAGGAAACAUUUCCACGAUUGCGGAUAAUACUGGUCGGGUGGCAGGCAGGCAGAGGCGGCGGGAGCGGCCCUCUCCCCCGGCUUAGACCGCCCGGCUGCUGCCUGCCUUCACCACCACCACACAACCACCAUCAUCAUCAGCAGUCGCAGCUUUGCCCGCCACCAUUGCACACCGCGUAGGCCCCACAGGACACAAGCUUGGCGUGGCGGUGGUUGCGUCGGGGUGGUGUUGUUGUGCUGACUUACGGAUCUUGUGAAUUAAGAGAGGCUGGCUUGUCAUAUGAACAUACAUGGAUGACCUGGUUGUAGAGAAGCUGGGCAAGGCUGUCAAUGGUGGGGAGAAUGGGACGAGUGGUGCCCCAUCACAGACGGACCUGCUCAAGCUGUUGGCAAGUGGCAGUGGUGGGGGUCUUGGGGGGGGCCUUGGGGGACUGGGAGGUCUUGGGAGUCUUGCAGCCGCUGCACAGGCCAGACAGAAUGGCAGCAUGAUGAGGUCCUAUGAAGCUCUGCUACAAGGACCAUCUGCUGGCAGAAUGGCUCCUCAGGCAGUUACACUCCCAGGACCUACACGCAGACGUAAAAAGAAGAGGCGCAGGCAACCUGACAUGCCCAAGAAGGCCUGCACUCCAUUUAUGCACUUCUGCGCUUAUUUCAAACGGAAAUUGAUGGAGGAAGGGAAGGAGUUUCCACAAUUUGCUGAUUUUGGCAAGCGAGCAGGGGAAUUGUGGAGGAACAUGGGUGAUGAGGAAAAGAAAAAGUUCGUAGAGCUAUCAGAACAAGAUCGUCAAAGAUAUAUCAAAGACAUGAAAGAAUAUGAGGAAAGAAAGUUAGCUGAGAAAGAGCGAGAACGAGAGCUUCAGCAGCAAAGAGAGAAAGAACUGCAAGUUUUGCGGGAGAAGGAGCUGGAAAAGAUACAAAAACAGCAGCGAGAGCAAUUGGAGCAGCAGCAAAAGCAGCUGGAGCAACACCAGAAGCACCAGCAACAGAAUCCCAAUGCCAGCUUAAUGAACAUGUUAAAUCCCCUAAGUCCUCUCAACCCUUUGAUGAUAGCUGCCAUGAACCAAACCCUCAUGCAGACAAUGCUGACUAACCCUGACCUCAUGAAGACUGUUUAUUCAGAAGCAGCUAGAAAUUAUUAUAUAGAGACACUGAAGAACAUCUACCAAAAUAUGGGGUCCUCACAACCUAACGGUAACAGUGUUCCUGUAUCCUCCAGUGGAACACACGGUGGAAUAUCAGAUCACCAGAGCCAUCUAUCGUCAAGCCCAUUGGCAUCCAUGGGAAUGAAUGUCAAUUUACUUUCUCUACUGAACUCUGGUCAGCUGUCAGCUGUGCCUACUUCCACCUCAUCCUCCACUGGCAGCUCCCCCCUGACAAAGACCCCCUCGACCCUCAAGGCACCCCCCUCAUCUCUCCUAGGCAGCUCCAACAGCCUGACUGCAGCUGCAUUGGACCUCUCUUCAGCAAGGCCAAGUGAGGGCAAGGGUGCCUUUAGUAGUGAUGAAGAAAACUACUAGAUACAUAAAAAACAUGGCUGUGUAGUAGAUUUCACAAAGAGAUGACAAAGGAAGCUGAUUGUGAAAUCUGAGACACAACAAACCCAAAGUAGCAAAAAGUUCCUAUCUCCAGUCAUUACUUCCCAAAUACCAUUCAAGCUGCACUUUGUAAAACACAAGCAAACACAGAAGAAAUAAAGAGACCUAUUCUUUGCCUAUAUGAGUGUAGUUUGUAAUGUGCAAAACUUAGAGUGAAUUAGCUUCUGUAGAACGUCUGUGUUGUUCUGUAUACUAAAAAAAAUAACAAAAAAAAAAAUACAAGUACAAUUGCCUUUGAAAGAAAAAUAAUAAUAAUAAAUGAUAAAAUAAAGCCACAUGAAGUAUUAUGCAUGCAAAUGAUUUUUAAUAUUAAAAAGGACAGACUCACAAACAAGUAACUAGUGUGGGACUGCAUUUUUUGUUGUGAAGUUGCCUGGCUGUGAUGAAGUGAUGCUUGUGAAGAUUUGAGCAAUUUUUCCAGCAAGUCAGGAGGAGAACUGAGCAAGGAAAGGAUAAGGCCAUUAUAGCUUAAGAAAGUGUGUUUUCUUUUGCAGGAAAGGAGUGAAGUGAAACAUUUUACUUACUUUUGUGAGAGAAAAUAUAGUAAUAAUUACUUAAGAAAUCAUGGAAGGCAUGGAUGAGAUUGCACCAGGCCUUGGUUUACAGGAGUUCUGUAGCCAACAGGGAGACAGUACUAUAUAUUACCACCUUUUAAACCUAUCAGGCAGCGUGUAUGUCUGGGUAGGCACUGAGCAGGGCAACUUGGAGGGCAUGGUGGCAGCUCUAGGGUCCCGCCUGGGACCUUCAGCUGUUACCACUCUCCUCGGCUCUUCCGAUGCCCAGAGUCUCCAAGCUUCCCAUCUUGCAGAGAGGUUACAAAGGCGCACACAAAGGCACAUCCUACUGAGCCUCAACCUGCCCAGUGACGAAUUAAUACCUCAUGUGGAGCAGCGCCUGCUGGAGGAGCUCUGUGUCGUAUAAAGGCCAAGGCUCAUGAAAUUAUUUCGCUGUUUGACUGCCCAAAAGAUCCCCAAACCCACCCAUCCACCCCCCAAAUUCUCAGUAUAUAUAUAUUUUUUUUAUGUCAUAUGCUAUAUGGCCUUAUAUUUGUUGUUUGAUUUUUGUAUUUUUUUUAUUAUUAUUAUUAUUUCAACUACAAUUAUGCAUUAAGUAAUAAAUAAAUGUCUGUCUGAUCUAAUACAAGAACAUAAUUUUACUUGUAAAUAUUGUACUUAUAUAUUUUUUGUCUUUUGACUACAGUUGCAGUAUAUUUAUGUUGUAGGAUAAGGACAAUCUACUUAAUCACAUUGAGCAAGUAUGUUGCCUUAAUGGGAAGAUAGGGUACCCCUUUUCCAGCCUAUUAUUAGUCUUCCAGAAUUAGAAGAUAAAAAAAGAUGUAGAGUCUUGGCCUAUAUACUCACAAAGCUUGAUAAUAGUAUAUUGUGUUCAAUGUUGAAAAUUAAGGAAAAAAGGUAUAUCAAUGUUGGAAACACAAUGGUCUUUAGAACAGAAGGCUUAUGCAGUCAUUUAUGCAAAAAUAAAUACAGAAAUAUCGAGCCAAUGCUAAGAAGCUGCUUGUACUACCAAUGGAUUGACCUUGUAUGCACUGGCUAGCCUCCCCUGAUUAUGUCAACUAUAUAUUCUGUUCAGCAGUAAUUAUGUGAUAAGACUGCUCUCUCUUCAGUGAGAAAGUUCUGCAGCAUUGCCUUCACUGCAUAUAGCUUUCCAAGAUCUUCUGCUUGUCUGAAGAAACUGGUGAUUGCACAGCUAUUUAAGUCCACAAAUUUAAGUGGUGCAUACAAGUGAUAAUUGAAGGUAUGAUAUUAAUGUACUAUAUCAGGGUAGAUGUUAAGUUCCUCUUUAUUUUUACAGAAGCUUUUUUGUAAUCUCCUUUAUAGAGUUUUUUUUUAAUAUAAAUUUCUGUAUAUUUGUCCUAUGCAAUAGGUGGUAAUAACUAGCAGUCUUUUUGCUUCCCAAUUUGUAGUUACUACCUCACAGGUGAUAGAUUAAUGAAAAGACAUUCCCUGUAGCCCGUGACUCGUUAGGCAGCUCAGGAAACACAGGGGAAGCUGCUGGAGAGGCCAAGCACUACAAACCCUGCAUUUAAGGAUAAACACCUGUAUAAUGAUAACACACUUUGAUAUGCAUUUUGUUGUGAUUUAAUGAAGCAAGUGAAGUAGUUCUUGCAACAUAGAAUAACCAUGAAAGUGGGAUUUUGUUGUAGAUAUGCUUGUGCCUCCUCUGCAGCUUCCUCCAUCCUUAAUUUCCCACAGUAUCAGAAAUCCCCCGCCAUAUGUGAACCCCCUGUGCCACCUCGCAGCUUUUGACAACAGUGCUGGUGUGGUUGUGAAUUGGUGAUCACAAUAGAUGUUCAGGUAUGCAUAAUGUAAAUCUCUAUAGUGUUUUUCACUUAAUUUACCUCUGAUUUUUAUUUGAUUUUGGCAUACAUUUUUCCUAUUGGAAUACACAGUUACAUGACUGAUGGAUACUUAAGUUGAUUUUAAAACAGACUUGAACUUUUGUUGUGAUCAAUAUCUGUGCCAUGAUUAGGUCCUUUCCUGGACCUUGAAGUGUGAUAACUGAAUGUUGAUGUGCCUGGAAACCAGUCAUAGCAUUGAACAUAUUGUUUAUUGACAUGAUCAGUAUUAUCAUAAUUCGUGAUAUUGAGUACUCCCCUUUGAGGAAUCUCAUAUGAUCAUGCUAUGGUUGGUCUCCUCCCCCAGCACUGGCUGUCACUUGGUGAUGUCUUGGUGUGUAUUGUGGUUUUUCAAGUCAACAACUUUUGCUCCAGCUUUUGGUUUCCCGUCUCAUUUACUUUGAUUUAUUUGUUCAAACUUUUCCUCAACUUAUGUUCUUAGAGUACUUUUACAUACACCCAAGACUCACUUCCAUGCUUAAUGAUGUAGUCCUGAUGAAGCCUCAGGGUAGAGGGUUCGCUCCCCGGUAAUGUGGGUCCUAUGUUGAGGCCUCCUUUGGCCCUCGCACAAGUGAUAGAUUAAUUAGUUUAGUUUUAUCUCACACUGAGCAAUUCAUAUUAAUUUAAUUACAGAGAGGAUAGAUAGUCACCCAAAGUACUAUACUUUGUUCUCAAAGUGGCCACACCCAUCUACAUCAAAAGGAUGUAGUAGAGGUUGUGACAUUUUUCAAGACAAUCAUUUCUUUUUAUCAAUUAUUUCUGUGUUAUAUUUCAAUCAAUAAAGAUUUUAGUUUUAAAUAAGUUAUAGGGAAAUCUUGUGUGUUCCAAUUUCUAGUUGAUGUGCGAGGAGUUCUAGGGAGGUCCAAGCAGCAAGUUGCUGCUGUGAAGUCGUGAUAGUGUCAAAUGCUAGUCUGACGGUGGGGAGCAAAGCCUCCGUCCCAAACCCACCCUUCUACCUCCUGACCCAUAUUUUAUCCCAUCAGUCACCCUUGCCUACCAUGAGCAUUCUGCAGAAGUUUUAAACACUACUGAUUUUAAAAUAAGUUUUGUGAUGUUAGCAGGUGUAAGUGGUGUGGCAUUGGGCUAUCUGAUUCUGUGUGUGAGAUUAGUUCCUAUGUUCUACACAUGGAAGCAGAAUCCAAACCAUUCCUACCAGAGCCCAGUUCAAAGAUGGACUGGAGCAGCCAUGUCGCAACCCAAGUUCCUCGCCUAAACAGGUUCCUCUCCCCUUUAGCAAAUCCUGCCCCUUUAGCUCCAACUGUAUUUUAUUUUGCCAAUCCUGUCCCAGACUCUUGUAUGAUUAGUAAAUGCCAGAUUCCAGUCGCAGACUGAAGAUUUUAUGCAAUUACUGCUAGUUCUUGAUUUUAUAACAUUUAUUUGCAAAAGAUAAUUAAAUCACAGAAUUAUUUUAUAGCAGUAGUUACAUCAGUAUUCUCAGUCUGAAUUGUUUAAAGGAAGUUAGAUAAUGCCAGUAAGAAUGCAUGAGAGGGAUAUUAUUUUCAUAAUGGUUUUGACACAGUACCCUGAAGGUAUUACAUAACCAGGUAUUAAACAUUCCUUUGCUUACAGGAAACAGGUGAAGUGCAAAAAAGUUUAUGCUAUCCAUGAAACAAUAGGGAGAAAUAGCUCCCACUGCUAUGCACAAGUUAACAUUGCACAUUGGAGCAUUUGGCACAAACUGUCGAGGUUGGAGAGUUGCCUCCUGUGAUAGGCAUUUGUUUUUACAACUAAUGUACUCGCAUGUGCGUGCCACGGAAUCACCCACCUGGUGAGGUAGAGCCUUGGCUGAAGAUGUGGGUGGCUGGAUGAUGACCAUAUAGGUGCAUUGUAGAUAUGAUUGGUCAGGGCAAGAUUAUACAUUUUUUUGCUCCAGCAAAUGGGAAAAUUGUUUCACCAGUUAAAUAAGGAUGGAUAUCUCGCCCCAACCUAAUAGUACAGGCACCUGGCACUCUAGCUGCACGCACCAGUAGGGCCCAGCAUGUGUGCCUGAGGGCCCGCCCAUUAUGCAAACAUAUUUUGAAUUAAGUGAAGCAAUAUUAUGUUUUGUCUAUUGCUGUUAUUGGAGAAAAUGGUUAUCUUGUGAAUUUUGAACAAAAAAGAAUAGUAAUCAUUUUGUACAUGGUAAGAGAUGAAAAUCUAGAAGCUGAAAUUAUUCACUAGGAAAUUCUGUGCUAUUUUUAGAGAGUCUCUAGUUUGUGUACUUUGUUAUAUAUCUGGAUGAUGUAGUCUUGUACGAGAUAUAUGAAGUGGUAGGGAGUAACUUCAAAGUGUCGUGAUUAUAUUUAGAGUAGGAGGAAGAUGGUAGGGACUAGACAGUAUAGUCAGUGCUGAGCUGAUAUAUAUGCAACAUGUAGUUUGAAAUACUCAAAAAUAAAGAUCAGAUCAGACAA